AUGCGAGGAAUACGAGGGUGCGAGGAGUACGAGGGUGUGAGGAAUACGAGGGUGCGAGGGUGCGGGGAAUACGGGGGUGCGUGGAAUACGGGGUGUGAGGAAUACGGAGUUGUAGGAUUAGCUUUGUCACAGAUUUGGAGCUGGACUAUCCAAGCUGCAUCAUUCAUUGCAUCUUCUGUUUCUUCGACAACUGUUUGGGUUGUUUCCUCUAUUGUCUCAGUGACAAGCCAUGUUCCUGGUCUUAUUCAGGGUUUUUUGGAAAACAUCAAAGUUGGUGUCAUUUUUAUCACUGGCCGUUUUUCAGUGGCACUGUCUUAUAUCAGGAGUAUUUCUUUGUCAACUUUUGAAAUCAUUGGUGUAUUAUGGGGCUACUUAUGGUCAUUUGUGUUAGCUCUGGCAUUAUCAGCAUGGAAUGUUUUAGCAAUUGUGUGUGCUUCAGGUGGAGCAAUCAUGUAUGUACUGAUUAAUAAACGAAUGCCAUGGAUACAACCUCUUUUACAAAGGGAACAAAAUUCUCGAGGAAGACAACAGACUGCUGAGGAAACGAGGACACAUCAGAAUUCAACUUGCAACCUUGAAAACAAUACUUCUGACCAACAGUAUUCGCAAUGCGUGGUUUGUUGGGAUAAGCCGAAGGAAGUUGUACUGCUACCUUGCCGUCAUCUCUGUUUAUGUAUUGAAUGUAGUAACCGCAUUAGAGACAGGUGUCCAAUGUGUAACUUGCGCUUUCGAAACAAGAUGCCUGUGUACACUUGA